AUGAGUCUAAAUUAGAUAAUAAGGUACUACGUCGAUCAGCUUUCCUAACUCUCAAACAUAAUAACUGAUCUCUCAACCAGAAAGCUAUGGGAUCCCCAGCUCAAUAAGAUUCUAUUCAAUGAUAAUGACAAUCAAACUUUCAUCUAUCUUGAUUCCAAGAGACAAGAAGUACAUUAAGAAAUGAGAUAGUCUAUAGUAAAAGAUAGGAAAGGUGCCUUACAAUAAUAAAUUGAUGGUGAGGAAGAGACCCCUUAUCAAAUAUAUAAUGACUUCAAUAAGGUCCUUGCUUAGUCUUGCCCAGAUUUGGAUUGUAUUUUAAGAGUCAUCUUGCCUCAGACUGACUCAUAAUUUGCUGGAAUAAACCACACUUCUAUACACUAAUAUAAAGACUGUUCCGAAUCCUUAAAAGCAAGGUAAAUUAAAAUUACAAAAAACUUUUUAGAUCCAACUACAAAGGAGAUUGAAAUGGAAAUUGACAGAAAAUACUUGUCAUAAGCCUAGGAAAAAGAAUAGGAAUUUCUAGCAAGCAUCAACUUCCCUGACUGGAAGAUAUCAGUUGAAGAUAAGAAAAAGUAACUGCAUAUCUGGCAGAGAAUAUCUAAAAAUAACAUCAAAUCAAUGAAAGCUCAAGGCGUAAUUGACCAUUCAAUAGAUCAUAUUUUGAAAGCAUUCCUAGACAGCAGCUAUCAGCAUCACUAUGAUAAAGGUUUCGGGCAUUCUGAAGUACUUGAAACUAUAGUUCCCAACUAAACACAUAUAUUCUACUAAACAACGAAAAAAUAUCUUCUAGUAUCAGCCCGAGAUUUUCUUGCAAUUCAUCAUAGAGUUAAGAAGGAAGAUGGGUCAGUAAAUGUUACAGUAUUUUCAGUUAGCAGAGACGAUUUAAAACCCAUUUAGAAGCAUAUUGUUAGAAUGUGGUUGCAUUUGGGCUGCUGGAGGUUUGAACCCAUUACACCAACUUAAACGCUUUGCACCUAUGUCGUGGAAAUUGAUUUGGGUAGCCAUAUGCCUCACUUCAUUGUUAAUUAGAUUAACAAAGAUGUGGGACAUCAAAUUAUUAGAUUAGGCGAGACAGUUGAUCGCUAUCUCAGAGACAAUCCAUUGAAUUGA